AUGGUAAAGAAAGAGAAAUGCUCCUUUUGGACAGACGGAAGAUCCUAUUUUCCUAGGGCCAUUGGUGGGCAUCGAGCCAUCGAGGAAAUGGCUAAAAGCACCUACCAAGAUCCAACGGACGAGAAACUCAAUUCCGCCUUGCUGCUGAGUCGUCCGGCUAUCCAGCCAAGGGAUUCGUGGGAAUUUCUGUGGAUUACAAACGUCCUAGGCGUGGGGGGGAUGCGGAGCCAAGAGGGAACGCCUUAGACGGACGUUUUUUAUUCCUGGGCUGCAGUAAGUAGAUCCGAGAGGUCGUUUCGCCCUUGUCCCUGAAGAUGGGUAAUAUGUUCUCAAAAAUGUUGCUCCAAAUCUGACCUAGCUGGGCUGAGACGAUCCCAGUUCGCGGCAGAGAACAAGACAGCAAGCGAGCGUACCUUUGUUCGCUCUUCUCCACCAAGCACGGAAGUUUUAAGGAUAACUGUAGGUCGGUGGCUACCUAAGGAAACUCCGAUUCGAUCUGCCCCGGGGGAAGGCAUUUACCUCAUCCCGAUCACAAAGGAGAGGUUCCACCAUGAUGGGGGGUACUUCUUUUUUUUCCCUUCGGAAAGAAUGAAACUGCAUAGGGGACCAUCUUUUGUUGCGCAUGCUCGUUACAGAUUUACGGAUUCGCAAGGGGGCCUCAGCCCUACUUUAGUUUGA